UCAUUUCCUCUUCGGGUUUGCAGUAGAGCUGUUCGCCAUGUUUGUGCAAACAAUAGGAACAAAUUUAAGAUUUAGAUUAAAGGAAAUGUUUAGUAAUACCUGGUAGAGGUCAACACAAUGCCUUUGCCCAUCACCAUCCAGUCGCAAGGAGUGCAGCAGGCGACUAAGCACUAUGGGAUCACAUCCCCUAUCAGCAUGGCCCUGCCCAAGGAGGCUGACCUGGUCCUCACACAGAAACUCUCACAGGCACUCUCUCCCUUCGGGGUGUUCGAGGAGGAACUGGAACUUCAGCGCAGAAUCCUAGUCUUGGGGAAGCUGAACGGUCUGGUGAAAGAAUGGAUUCGAGAAAUAAGCGAAUCAAAGAAUCUACCCUCUUCAUUGAUUGACACGGUCGGGGGUAAAAUCUUCACUUUCGGCUCUUACAGAUUGGGAGUUCACACCAAAGGGGCUGAUAUUGACGCUCUGUGUGUGGCACCGCGGCACGUGGAGAGGACGGACUUCUUCUCCUCGUUCAUUGAGAAGCUGAAGGAGCAGGAGGAAGUUAAGGACUUGAGGGCCGUGGAAGAGGCUUUUGUCCCCGUCAUAAAGCUCGCCUUCGACGGCAUAGAGAUUGACAUCCUGUUUGCUAGGCUAGCACUGCAAACCAUUCCAGAGAAUCUGGACCUACGAGAUGACAGCUUGUUGAAGAACUUGGAUAUUCGUUGCAUCAGAAGCCUUAAUGGUUGUAGGGUGACUGAUGAAAUUCUUCACCUGGUCCCCAACAUUGACAACUUCAGGCUCACGCUCAGAGCCAUCAAACUAUGGGCAAAACGUCACAACAUCUACUCCAACAUCUUGGGCUUCCUGGGCGGAGUGUCCUGGGCCAUGCUAGUGGCUCGCACCUGUCAGCUCUACCCAAACGCUGUGGCCGCCACCCUGGUGCACAAGUUCUUCCUGGUCUUCUCAAAAUGGGAGUGGCCAAACCCUGUUCUCCUGAAACAGCCAGAGGACUGCAACCUCAAUUUACCGGUCUGGGAUCCCAGGGUGACUCCAAGUGACCGUUACCACCUGAUGCCCAUCAUCACCCCGGCCUACCCACAGCAGAACUCCACCUACAACGUGUCCGGCUCCACGCGAGCCGUCAUGGUGGACGAGUUCAAACAGGGCUUGGCCAUCACCGACGAAAUCAUGCUGAAUAAAGCAGAAUGGUCCAAACUAUUUGAAGCACCAAACUUCUUUCAGAAAUACAAGCAUUAUAUUGUGUUGCUAGCAAGCGCUCCGACAGAGAAGCAGCACCUGGAAUGGGUGGGCCUGGUGGAGUCCAAGAUCAGAAUCCUAGUGGGUAACCUGGAGAAAAACGAGUUCAUCACGCUCGCACAUGUCAACGCACACUCAUUCCCUGGACCUAAGGAAGGCACUGACAAAGAGGAGUUCAGCACAAUGUGGGUUAUUGGGAUCGUCUUCAAGAAGAUGGAAGGAUCAGAUAACCUCAAUGUGGACCUAACUGUGGACAUUCAGUCCUUCACAGAUACUGUGUACCGUCAGGCGAUCAGCAGCAAGAUGUUUGAGACGGAGAUGAAGAUCACAGCCAAGCACGUGAAGAGGAGACAGCUGCAGCAGCUCCUGCCAAACAUCCCCAGCAGUAGCAGGCCCAGCAAGCGGAAGCUGUCAACAGAGGGUCCGAGACUGAUGACUGACAGCAGCCUGGACCUAUCACUAGACAGUGACAACAGCCUGUCGGUACCCUCCCCUCCCUCCGUGCCUGUAGCAGCCAAUAGGACCAGCUCUGGGGGUGUUUCAUCUGGGCCCGCUGGUUCCAGCCCCAGCCCGCCUCCUCCUAUGGGCCCCCCUGCAGCCAAGAAGCCCUGCUCCUCCCCUCCCACCCCCCAGCCUGAGGAGAAGGAGAAGAGAGCCAAGAAGCCCGGCUCCCCACCACCACCUCCCCAUCCGCAGGACAAGGAGAAAGAGAAAGAGAAGGAGACGAGAGCCAGCACGGAGGAGGCCACGUCUCCACAGGUUGCUGAGGUGACACGCACCCCCUCCAGUAGCAGCACUCCUCCUCCCUCCCCAGCGACGGCCCUAAAGCGUCCCGGCUCACCCCUGCUCGAGGACUCCCACAAGAAACUCAAGCCUGACGAGGAGGAUAAGCCGCAGGUGCUUGAGGAGGAUAUGGCUUCACAGGGUGAAGAAGCUAUGGAGACGGAGGUUAAAGAGCUGGAGCCAGAGAAAAAGGUGCUACCUAACCAGGUUUCCACCACUGACCUGUCCGAUGUGCCUCUGCCCCCCACCAACCCCAUCCCUGUGCUGAAGAACUCCAUCAAGCUGCGCCUCAGCAGAUAAGGAGCCCAGCUGAGUAGCAGGAGAGGAGGAGGAGGAGGGUAGAGGCUGCCCCCCACCCCCCUUCUCUUGCCACCUCACCCUCUACACUCGACUCAAUCCAUGACUGGAGUCAAGACUAAAGGGCGCUAAUGGGGGAAUGGGUAGAAGAGGCCUGUCUGGUACACACACACACACACACACACACACACACACACACACACACACACACACACACACACACACACACACACACACAGGACAUAUAACACAUACACACACAGGACAUAUAACACAUACAGUAACAACCCCACCCCACCCUAUCCGUGUUUGAAGGACCAUGUGCACACCUCUACACCCCACCCCCCCUACUCCUCCAUCGGGCCUCCUCGCCGCCUGCGAGUCGUACAGCCGAGAGUCGAGGAAAGUAACGAUUGCAGACACCUCACUGCCAUGUGCACCUCUGACCACAAGGGGUCAGGGCUGCUCUUCUGAAGAAAAGACCACAGUUUUUCCCCCAGCCGGACGGCAGCACUCGUCUUUCUCUACGCAGCCCGCAAGAACAGUCAGACACACACCAAUACUCACUCUGUUCGUGCCCUAAUGUGCAAUUAUGUGCAUAUGGAAAGUGCAGGUGUGUGCAACAAAUUGGGCGGGCUGUGUGUUUAUGCGAGGGUGCUAGUGUGUGUGUGUGUGCGUGUGAGUGCGUUCAAUUGUUGUUUGCUUGCUUCUGUGUACCAUAAGAGAACAUGUAAGCAAAUACAGUACAGAGGCCUAUUUUUUCCCUGUUGUAUAUUUGUCUGAUGAUGACGGUGUCGCACCACGCAGAUGUUGCUGUGUAAGAAGGAGGGAAACUUCGCCAAAAAAAGGUGACAAACAAAAAAGCAAGAUGGAAAGUGGAAGUGCUCAGGUCUCAGGCGAAUUAUUCCUUUGUGGCGCGUGUCUUCAGUUCUGUGAAACAGGAACGUGUGUGUGUGUGUGUCUGUGUUUGUGUGUCAGUCACACACUCAGGUGGGACAGAACUGUGUCUCUGGCAGGUAGUCACUGCGCCUGCCAGGUUGGACUGAAACAGGUGCCAUUCGAGCAACGCAUUGUUCCAAUUGACCAAUCUCUCUGUCCAUCCUUUGCCGAGUGAGUGGACAGAGUCCACAUAUUCCAGCUUCCUCCUUGUUUCUUUUUUUCUGCUUUGUUGCGACAUGCUCCAGCACGAGUGGAGAUGGUUGGAGGGACUAUUGGUUUUGUUUUUCAGUUUUCAGAUUAGCCGCUGUUGGCCGCUUUAAGUAGAAGAAAGUAGAUUUUUGCUUUUGUGUGGUGAUCUCUCUCUUUCUUUCUCUCUCUCUCUCUCUCUCUCUCUCUCUCUCUCUCUCUCUCUCUCUCUCUCUCUCUCUCUCUCUCUCUCUCUCUCUCUCUCUCUCUCUCUCCCACAUCCCUAUGCCCCCCCUCUCUAUCUUUCUCUUGUGUGUCUGUGUGUGAAUGUGUGGCUUGUACAGAACCAUUAUAAUGCACAAAGUAAAGAAAAUAAAUCAUAAGCUGUUUGAGUUAAGCAUAAAGAGCUGAGCGCGUGCUUGGAAAGUUUCUUUCUAUCGUGGUAUAUCAGUGGCUGCAGUUUAAGUAAAGGUAAUGGCUUAUCAUUAUAUAUGUUUAGUGCUGUUGACCAAUUGAUCUUUUUAGUUCUCUUCUUUUUCUUUCAUUUUUUUUAAUUUGAGUGCUCCGAAAGAUGGAAUAAGCUUGCAAUUACGUUAAUUGAGAGAGAGAAAUUAAGAUCAGUUAAGGGCUUGUGUUUGUAAAUCUCUUUAAAAAAAAAGUUGAAUUUCACAACAAUUGAACUAUUAUUUUUCUUCCUACUCUUUGGUUGCCUAAACGGGUGUUGGUUUUGUCUUAAACGUGUUUGUAAUGACACUGACGUUGCAAGAAAAGGUAAGGUAAGGAUGCCACUGGUGGAGCCAAAUCGGAGAUCCUUCACCAUCGAAAGGGGAAGGGUCUGUAUGUUCACCACUGCUCUCCCACACGUGUCUAGGCUAACUACUUUUCUUAGCUGUCUUUGUAAAAGUAUGAAUAAUACAGUCAUUUUUUUCCCACAAAUAAAGGUGUACAUUGCAUAAA